UUGUUUUCUCACUUCCUUCCACCCCCCCAGCACCCCCCUCCAGUCGGCCCAAGUUUUCUUUUUCUCUUUCUACCGCAGAGAGGAUUUUUCUUUUUUUUUUCUUUCUCUUUCUUUCGGUGCAACUCUCCUACUCGAAUUGCAAGCCUGAAGGCUUCUCUCUUUUUUUCUUCCCCUUUCCUGUUUUCUUCCUCCUUCCUCCUUUCUUAUUUCUCUAAAAGGGUUUUGUUUGCUGUGGGAGUUUCGUUUGAAAAUCGAGUCACGCCUUUUUCCUUCUUUUCUUUCUCCCUCUUUUUUUUCUCCUCCUCUCAGCAGAAAAGGGGAACAAAGAUUAACAAGCGGGGGAGAAGGGAGCGUCAGAGCCUCGCAUGGAAAUGGGGGGCUGUCCCUGUCAGGCACAAAGGGGGCCCGAGAGAACAGCCCCCCCCCGGAAGCCUGGGGUGUCCUAUCCCAAAGAAGAGCCCCUGGGAUGGGCGUCCGGGGAGGCCCCUGGGUGCCCAGUCCUUCCAAAAUACGGAUAGAGGCUCUUGAGUUCGCCCCCUCCCCCGUCAGGGGUGGAAGCUGAGGGGGGUGCUCUUCACUUAAUAUUUUUUAAGUGGGCAGAUGGGCUUGGAGCAAACGUCGCCGCAGAGCCCUUAACAGUGAAGCGCCUUUAAACAGCUGUUUAGAGCCCUGGACGGUCAGACUGGAGGGAACAGCUCCGGCUGCGAUCGCCGGGACCCGGGUGCCAAGGGGUCCAGAAGAGUUCAGCCCCUCACGGCCUCCCCAAGCCCAGGGCAUGGAUUCGGCCCGGGGUGCACGGCUGGGGGGCGCCGAGGCGUGGUCGUUAGCUGAGGUCUGGGCCCUUGCUGGCUCCCUGCGGGGCCCGGGGUUCAGCUUAGCCUGGCCUCCUCCCAGCUCUGGGACAGGCCGGACACCCCGCCUCCAACCUCCCGGACACCGGCCACUCAGCUGCGCCGCUCGACUCCGACGCAGGGCGGGUACCGAGCCCGCGGACAGAGCCGGGCAGUGUCGCCACCAAGGGUCAAUUAUUCAUGGGGCGCCUGGGCGUGCUCCCAAGACCAGCUCUGUCCUCGGCUUCUCCGGAGGAGUGGAGACAACACGGGGGAAAAGUUCCCAGAGCAAAGUUGGCCACAUUUCUUAUUUUCCCAAGUCAGGCAUGGUCCGGCACACUCUGCAGGAGAGGCACGUGGAUUUCGGUGGCUUUGAAGUUAGCUGGGCCUACACAGGAAGUUCCAGUGAAGCCAGUGAGGGCCACGUAGUGAGGCCUCGUCUCAGAAUCAGUACAGCAGAGGAAGAACAACCACUGGGAGCUGCGGCGGAGGCAGGAGGAUCCCCAGAGUUCAAGGGCAGCCAGGACCGCAGAGUGAAACCGUCUGAAAAACAAAGAAUUAAAAACUGCAAACAAAACACUGAAGAUUCACACCAAUAAGUCCUUCUCUUUGUAAAUACAUUCCAGGGAUCUGAAAUCGGGUGAAUCAGGUUCUGUGGCCCAAGCUAGCCCAGAACUCACAGCUAUACUCCUGCCUCGGCUUCCUAACUGCUAGGAUUAUAGCUGUGAGCUGCCA